GCAACGUAGCCGGAAGCUGGUGGCGGCGGGGUGGGCGGCGGGCUAGAGUCCUCCGUGCUGCGAGCUGCGCGACCCUGGCCCGGACCCCGCCCGAGCCUCCGGAACACGGCCGACCCGGCGCGCAGGAUCGAGCCCGCCCACCAGCAGCAUGGCCAGCCCAAGGACCAGGAAAGUGCUCAAGGAUAUCAGGGUGCAGGAUGAGAACAACGUGUGUUUCGAGUGUGGUGCAUUUAACCCUCAGUGGGUGAGCGUGACCUAUGGCAUCUGGAUCUGUCUGGAGUGCUCGGGGAAACACCGCGGGCUCGGGGUGCACCUCAGCUUCGUGCGCUCUGCCACCAUGGACAAGUGGAAGGACAUUGAGCUCGAGAAGAUGAAAGCUGGUGGCAACGCUAAGUUCCAGCAGUUCUUGGAAUCUCAGGAGGACUUCGACCCCGGCUGGUCCCUGCAGGAGAAGUACAGCAGCAAAGCCGCAGCCCUCUUCAGGGAUAAGGUGGCCACUGAGGCCGAAGGCAGACAGUGGUCUCUGGAGUCAUCGCCCGCUCAGAACUGGACCCCGCCCCAGCCCAGGACGUUGCCGUCCGCUGCCCAGCGAGCCCCGGGCCAGCCGCAGAGCUCCACCACGUCCUCUGACAAGGCCUUUGAGGAUUGGCUGAACGAGGACCUCAGCUCCUAUCAAGGGGCCCAGGAGAGUCGCUACGUGGGGUUUGGGAACACGGCACCGCCUCAGAAGAGAGACGAUGACUUCCUCAACAACGCCAUGUCGUCCCUGUACUCGGGCUGGAGCAGCUUUGCCACUGGAGCCAGCAAGUUCGCCUCGGCAGCCAAGGAGGGUGCUACAAAGUUUGGAUCCCAGGCGAGUCAGAAGUUUUGGGGCUCCAAGCAGCAGCCAGAGCUGGCGUCAGAACUGGGCCACAGUCUGAAUGAGAACGUUCUCAGGCCCGCCCAGGAGAAGGUGAAGGAGGGAAAGAUUUUUGAUGAUGUGACCAGUGGGGUUUCUCAGUUGGCAUCCAAGGUGCAGGGGGUUGGCAGCAGGGGAUGGCGGGAUGUCACCACCUUUUUUUCUGGGAGAGCAGAUGACUCCUCGGACAGACCCCCGGACGGCCAGGGGUACCAGAGCAGCGCCGUGGACCAGAGCUUCUGGGAGACCUUUGGGAGUAAUGACCCCGCCAAGGCCCACAGAUCCCCGAGCAGUGACAGCUGGACGUGCGCCGACGCCUCAGCCGAGAAGCGGAGUUCAGACAGCUGGGAUGUGUGGGGCUCGGGCUCUGCAUCCAACAGCAAGAGCAGUGACCAUAGCGACGUGGGGGAGGCCUGGGGGGAGGGCAGGGCCAAGGCUGCCAGGAAGCCGGCGCCCCCCACCACGCAGGUGGAUGAGGGCUGGGACAACCAGGACUGGUAGGCAGGCCCCUGGCCCCCGGCGGCUGAAUCGGCCCUCAUUGCACUUCCUUCCAUCUGACCCAAGAAAUCCCGGCCGCAGUGUGAAGACAGCGCCUUGGGCAGGACCCUGGGGGUGGGACUGCUGGCCCACGAGGGGGAUUCAGCGCGUG